GAAGAAGAAGAGAAAGAAAAACACUUUUUGGUGCUAGGUGGCAGUAAUGAUCCUGAAGCAAGCUUGCCGCCUGUAAAUAUACGACACAAGAGGAAGAAAGCAGUGUGACAAGAGAGGUGACUGCGAGAGGAUGGUUGUGAAAGAGGUACCGGUUGACAGUUUUACCCGCCCUUUGGGCAGGAAUGAAGUGAUAGGUUUACUCUUCCGUCUCACGUUAUUUGGUGCAGCCACCUAUUUUACAGUAAAGUGGAUGGUUGAUGCUAUUGAUCCAACACGAAAACAGAAAGUUGAGGCACAGAAACAGGCAGAAAAACUCAUGCGGCAGAUUGGAGUGCAAAAUGUCAAGCUUUCUGAAUAUGAGAUGAGCAUUGCAGCUCACCUUGUGGAUCCAUUGACCAUGCAGAUUACAUGGCAUGACAUUGCUGGCUUGGAUGAAGUCAUAACUGAACUAAAGGAAACAGUUAUACUUCCAGUCCAGAAGCGAUAUUUGUUUGAAGGAUCUAAACUUCUUCAGCCACCCAAAGGUGUGUUGCUGUAUGGACCUCCAGGGUGUGGAAAAACUCUUAUAGCCAAAGCGACCGCAAAAGAGGCAGGGUUUCGCUUUAUAAACCUACAGCCUUCCACUCUCACUGAUAAAUGGUAUGGAGAGUCUCAGAAACUAGCGGCAGCUGUUUUCUCUCUGGCCAUCAAACUACAGCCCUCUAUUAUCUUCAUUGAUGAGAUUGAUUCUUUUUUAAGGAGUCGUUCAAGUUCAGAUCAUGAGGCCACAGCCAUGAUGAAAGCUCAGUUUAUGAGUUUAUGGGAUGGACUAGACACAGACUUCAACUGUCAGGUCAUAAUAAUGGGAGCUACCAAUCGGCCGCAGGAUCUUGAUUCUGCUAUACUGCGAAGGAUGCCGACACGAUUCCACAUCAAUCAACCGAAUCUCAAGCAGAGACAAGCUAUACUGAAACUAAUCUUGGAAAAUGAGAACGUGGAGCCUGCGGUGGACUUUAGUGAAAUUGCCAAGGGGACUGAGGGGUUUUCAGGAAGUGACCUCAGGGAGAUGUGCAGAGAUGCAGCACUGCUUUGUGUCCGUGACUUUGUACACAACAGCAACGAAAGUGCAGAGAACGAUUUCAUCCGUCCUAUCAAGCAAGACGACAUGCAAAAGGCCAUCCUGAAGAUGAAGAAGUCCAAAUCUGCAGGGGUGCAAGAGGGAUUUAUCCAUGUACCACUGGACUGAAUGUGCUCCUGCUCUUUUAAAAAUAACAUAUAUGUAGACCUAGGUCAUAUUUUGUCUUGUCUGUGUUGCAAACGAGGGAAUUCACUUAAAUGGUGAAACCAUUAUCUUUAGCCAUAUCUCUAAUCUCUCUUUUUGCAUUGUCAUUUCCCUCUUUGUAUGUUUUCUCAUUCAACCAUUGUGUCUAUAUGAAUAUGGAUUUAUUUAUUGGGUUUGGUUGUGUGGUUUUGUUGGCUCCAUAAAUUGCCACCUUGUACAGCAACAGUAAAGUUUACUUUUUCCACUUAUAUAAAACAUUCAGAAUUGAUUUUAUAUUACCAGCUGCAUGUAAAAAACAUAGCUGAUUUGUGCAGUGUUUAUUAAUAUGCCUUUAAUUUUAAAGGGUAUGAAUGAAUUAGGAUGUUUACAGAUAAAUUGUGAAUUCAGCCCAGAACAGAGGUGAUGUGAUGGUUUAUUGUGUAAAUAUUUGCACGCAUUAAAUAUGGUUGCACUAAAAUAUCUGAUUUGCUGUAUUGAACUGCAAGCUUUUUUAAGUCUUUAUACAGUAUUUAGGAUACUGGGCUAGUGCUAAGCCAUUGCUGUUGCUCCUCAUUUACACAUUACAUAUUAUUUCUGGGGUUAAGAGAGAUUUUAAAUGAUUAGGUUUUCAAACCUAAUUUACAUACUGUACUGUGUUCAGUUGAAAUGUUCACCUCAGAAAUCAGACUAUAUUGUAACCUGGUAAUGGAUUGUUUGUUUAUAUUGUACAAGAAAGGAAUGGUCAUAGGUUUGUGUCAUAAUGGAUUUUAUUGAACGCACAAAUGCACAUUUCACCAUAUGUAAGAAAUCAAGUGUAAAUCAGUUUUGUACAAAAAGGUAGAAUUAAAUACAUUUUCUGUAAGAUAUAAGUUGGUCCGUUAACAAAAAAUGUCAAGGCAAUAAAUACACUCUUGAUCCUUCA